AUGGUUCCAGCUACAUGCUCUCAUGGUUGGAGAAGCAUCUUACAUGGAAGGGACCUUCUAAAGGAGAACCUAGGGAAAGCUAUAGGAAAUGGGCAUACAAAAAAACUCUGGAAAGAUUCAUGGAUUUCUACAAAGGAACACAUCAAACCAUACGGGCCCGUUCCGAAAGAAGCACUUGACCUGACAGUCUCUGAUCUAUUGACAACGGAAAUGACCUGGAAUAAAAGAAGGAUCGAAGAACUCCUACCUCAUGUUGCAAUGAAGAUACAACUGCUACAACCGAGCCUCUCCAAAACGGAAGAUAUAUACAUCUGGCAGCCUCUCCCUUCAGGUACAUACUCAACGCGAUCAGGAUACUAUGUGGCCUCGAUGAGGAAGAACGAUCAAACACUACCACACCAAGGACCUUUUGAUUGGAUAAAGGAUGUCUGGUCCGCACCCUGCUCACCAAAGAUGAGGAUAUUCAUUUGGUCAGUGAUCCAAAGAGCAUUACCCUUUGGAGAACAAUUACAAAAAAGAGGAAUCCGAGAUGAUGCGUUGUGCCAUAAAUGCAAAGGGAUUGAAUCAGCGAUGCAUACCUUCUUUCACUGUCCUUUCGCACAAAAGGUAUGGAACCUGAUCCCUCUCAAACAUGUAGUUCACCUAGCUACAGGGAGCAGCUUCCGAGACGCAACUGUGGCUUUCCGGCAAGCAAUCUGUCUCCCACCAACAGGAGUGUCAAAUAACAUCCUUCCAUGGAUCUGCUGGGCAAUUUGGACGGCUCGAAACCUUGCAAUCUUUGAGAACAGAACAUUAUCACCUAUGGAAGUAGCAGCCAAAGGAAUCAGGUUAGCUCGAGAAUGGAAUAUGGCACAAGACAAAGAGAAAGCUACAAACAACACUCUGCCUCGCCUUCACAGGACACCGCGUGCUCCGAUAGUGCCAGCGAAGCUAACGAUCGGCAAAUCAGAUGCGGCUUUUGACAGUAGAUUAUAUCGAGCAGGAUUUGCAUGGAAUUUCACAGAUUUGGCAGGAAGUAUGAUCAAUCAAGGAUCCAGGACUCAGGACUUCAUCGGAUCUCCGUUAAUAGCUGAAGCCCUCGCCCUUCGCUCUGCAAUCCUCUCAGUGGUGAACAGUGAGUUUAAACACCUCAAGAUGUUCUCUGACAAUUCAACGCUCGUUCGAGCCAUCAACAACGACACGCAGGUAUCGGAAAUCUUUGGUAUCAUUAAGGAUAUCCAACAGAUGACCUCUGCUUUCGUCGAGAUAUCGUUUUCUCAUCUCCCUCGUUUACAAAACAUUGAUGCCGAUCUUCUGGCAAAAAAGACUCUCUGUUUAUCUCUGUAA